AUGCCGACCCACGAAGUUCUUCCCGAUCCGUGCUUCUCGCUGCUCUUGUCUCUGCCGAGAGAACUCCGCGAUCGCGUCUACACAUAUGCCCUGGUUUCCAACACGCCGUUCCUGUGGCCCGGUGCCGUGUCCCAAUCCGCGUACAGCAAACAUCGCCAUGUCAGCGUGAACCUCCUCCGGACCAACAGGCAGGUUCACGACGAAGCCGUGAUUGUCUUGUAUGCACAGAACAAGUUUCUAUUCACACAUCCCAGCGACUGCAACAUCUUCCGCGUCGUCACGUCUCCCGCCUCCGCAAACAUAACGAGCGUGUACAUCCGCAUAAAGGACAAGGACCUGCCAUUAUGGACGGAAUAUAUGGGAAGCGGGAAGGAAGUGAGGAGCCUAAGAGCUGAUCUGCCCAAGUUGAAGAGUCUCUGGGUAUUCCUUAAAUUGGGAAUGUGCCCACACUUCAUGUCAGGCGUACUGGCUGGGAUACAACGCCCAAUGCUCGGACCCCAACCAGCGGGACACCUACCGGCGGUUCAGAAUGCUGUGGGACAUCAGAUACACACCCUACAGCAACAUGUCCAGAACGCCAUAAACCAGGUCAUGACUACCGCCGGCGUGCAAAUCGUCGGUGGCACAGGCGGCCAUGCGCAUACUCCUGCCAACGCGAAUCAGGUCCCGCCUCCGCCCCCGCCAGCUCCCGCUAUGCCGUUUCCGCAAUUCAUGCAAGGAGCGUUAGGCAUGGGCGGCCAUGGACAGCAGCACCAACAAGCGAUGCCAGCACCGCACGCCCACGGCCAGCACAACCACCCGCCGAACCCCAGUCCGCUAGCACAACAUCUCCAAGCCCAACAGGACAAUUCCACCGUCCAGGUCAUACACCCACCUGCUCAGCAAACACCACCACCUACAACCCCCACAAACAGCACAGACCCCAACAAGCUCUACUCCGGCAUGAUCCGCUCCAACCGCUUCAAAGUCGUCACAUCACUCUGCCUCCAACUCCACGACGUCCUCCACACCAAACCCCCUCCGUCUGCGCUAUCCCCCGUAUCCUCCACUUCCAUCACCCCUACUGAAUCGUUCGGCACACGACUACGCCAAAUCUCACAACAUCGACUAGUCACCCUCGAUCGACCCUGGACUGAUCCAACUACUGGUGCUAGCGCCACGUCCGGUAACCCCUCCCGCCCCCCCAGCGACCCCAAGUCUUUCCCCAAAACAACGAAAAUUGAGACCCUUCCACCGCCGUCCAACCCGGAGAUCAAGAUUGUGACUAUAGUACGACCGGGCAAGAGAUUCGUCAAGAGGCUACUUGAGACUUUUCCGGAUGAGCUGGAGGUUGAUCCCGUGACAAAGGAUGCGAGGACGAGGUUUAGGAAGAUGCAUGGCGUGGAUGUUAGUUGGGAGUUUAAUGGGUUGAGUGAUAUGGAGGCGAGCAGCGCGGGAGGGGUUGUGGUUCCUUGGGAUGGUGGGUGGUGA